UUAUGGAAUACUUGUUUUUAAUCAAUUCAUUAUUACUGAUUAUUUUUGAUUACGUAGAUACAAAAGAGUGUGUUUUCAGUUAACAGUGUUUAUUGUGGAUUGUAAGCAUCACAUUAAAAACACGAUGUGCACAAACAAAUAACAAGGAAAUAUACUAAAUACUAAAUUGUCUUACCUCUUAUGGAAGCUGCAAUGUUAUUUUCGGCCACGCUAAUUUUAUUGCUAUGUGGUACCAAUGCAGAAUACACUGUAAAAUGCAACAAUGGAACUCAAAAGAGCUUAACCCUUGAGCGUUCGGACGAUGAUGUGAAGAGUCGUUACAUUGUCCAAUGGUGCACCGCUGUGGAUACUGUAGAAUCCGAGUGGAAUGUCGCCCUGUCGUAUAACACCAAUUUGAACAAAGUCAAAUGCAGUACUACUGCAUUUGACUUUGUUCAAAUAGCUAGACGCUGGAACAAGCAUUCUGAGAUCCGUGUACCUUUUCAUGGAAAAGAAAUUAAUUGCACAAAUGUUUGCUUUAUGGCACCAUUGGAUCUGAUAUUCAGCAGUUGCUACUUCAUAGAGAGCUCACUGCCAGCGAUGAGCUCACAGAAAACUAAUGCUCACCGUUACAUAUCAAAUGAGUAUACAAUUGCUUCGUUCAUAAACCGUAAAAUUUAUGCUGACGCCAUAUAUCAUGAGUGA